AGAGCUCGCACUUCUACGCAGUGCUGGUGACGGCCGCCUUCGGGCGUAACCAAGACGAGCUUCUGAUUGCCUCAUGGUCUUCCUCAUAUUGCCCGGACUCAUCUCUCAUUUGUCUUCACAACUGAAUCGCUACCAUCUUUCAUCAACGAACAAUCAUGCAUCCACUCCUCAGAAAUCUGAUGAUGGCAAUCCCCAGCCUGGGUACUCGCUGUGGGUACUCCAGGAUUCCACAAUCACCGGAAAUACCUCCUCUGGGGAGUCCUCAACACGGAGUGAAUAGUCUCCUUCGUCUCCCACCUCAUAUCCUUGAGAUAAUCCUGAUGCUGCUACCUCUGCCAUCCCGUGCUUGUCUGGUCUUGACUUGCCAUACACUUUACCGAGCCUACAAAUUGAUCAUCCGAGAUCCCCAACUUCGAUUUCCCCGACUGUUAGCCAACAGGAAUCCUUAUAUCAGCUCGAGUAAUCCGGAAGUUCCUCGCAACAUCCUCUUGCACCAACUUCAGAACCAUCACUGGGCCUACUGCUCGGGAUGUCUCAAGCUACACCCAUGGAACGAAAUGGAGGAUACGGAUUAUCACACGACCAGGGGGGAGUUGUCGGAUGCUCGCCUCCGCCAUCUCUGCAACGCACGAGCCGGUAUCGUCGAUCUCUGUCCCUGCAUCAGCCUCACUGCUCGAGAUAAGUUCCGCUUAGUCCGGCACCUGGCCGGCACCGCGGAGGACAAAGACCGUCAUCAUUAUCCGAUUGAAAUGGAUGAAAGAUUCAAACUAGGGCUUACACUGGACGGCAAGCGUUGCCUCGUGCACCGAUGUGAGAUUCGCGACCACCCGCAUGUAUGGAUCCGUCUGGAAGUCGCUCUCUAUCUGUAUCCAAAUCACAACGGAAUCAUGAGCUUAUACGCUUCUACGGCUUACUACGUCGAUUUAUGGUCCCCGGCCCGCCCGGACGCGAUGGUGCCCUAUUUUGCAUGUCCGCAUCGAAGUUUGCUAUACUUUGCCUUCAGUAAAACGUCCCGGAAAACGAGUUGCUUAUUCUGUAAUUCUGUGUUUACGGAGACAGGUAAACAUCGGUUCCGGGAUGAGGGACGGAACAUUCGCGUGCUCAGGAAUUUAGGGGGAUUACAGUGGCCUCCGGAUAAACAGUGGCGGAAACAACGUCGACAUCGGGCAAAAAUAUCGUAUAAUAGUUACUGGAAGGAUGAUACCUGGUUUUGGGAAUGGUCGAGGGUUUGAGCGUUUUUGAGACUUGGUCGUAUUUGCUAGCUAAGGCGUUGGAGGCAUUUGCUGCUUGCUUGUUCGAUUUGGUUUGUAAGAGGUUGUCGCCCCUGAUUCAUUUGCUCGGUUCUGUCAUCAUGUCGACAAUCUUCUAGAUAGCUAUAAUGAAUUGACUUCACCUC